AUGUCGGGGGAGGAGAUUUGCGCUCUCGCCACCGGGAGCCGCGAGCCCGCGCCGCGUUUGCACCGCCGCCCUCGCCUCGGCUACCGUAGGGGAGCCCAGCCCUCGGCGCUGGCACUCCGAGCUACUAGGUGGAAGACGCGCGCGCGUGAGGACCGGCGCGUUGAGGGAGCGAGCGCCUCGGCUCCGGUCCGGCCGCGCCGUCGAGAAGCGCCGAGGCGCCUGCGCGAGCCGGGAGUUGAACGGCCGAGGCUCCCGCUCCGUGCUCCGGACCGCGUCUUGUGGGCAACUCGCCGCGCCCAGCCCCCAGCGGUGACCUCCAGCGGCUGCUGGCGUCAAUGCAAAGCAGCUGGGGCGCCCGCCGCCUGCUCCCAGUACCGCCCGUCCAAGAGCAUGCGCGGCCGCGACCGCAGGGGCACCCUGCCAGCCCGUCCAGGGAAAGGAAGGGACUUGCUCAAGGAUACAUAGCCAUUCUGCUGCAGGGGCUACCGAGUUAGUUCACUGUCAGAUCACUGUGUUUGAGAUUUGGAGCUAUCAUUCGUUAGGAGACCAGUUGGAGGGACCUCACUCCGAAGCGGUCAGAAGACCAUGGGAACACCACACUCCAGGUCCCAGGCGUUAUUACCAGGGAUAGCCUUUGCUCCAAGACCUGGCACGUCACGCCUUUGGCUGCACUUGAACCGGUGCGACUGCAAUGCUUCGAAGCUAGUUUGUGGGAGGCCGGUCCUCUUAACCAAAGAACGAUCCUAGGUUCGACAGUCCCAAGGAUCAGAACCAAGGGAAGAGGUGUGCGCCCGUCCAGCAGGAAUUAAAACUGCAGCCCCCAAGUGCUGCCAGCUAGCUAGCUUGUGUGACUCCAGAUGAGUCUCUUAACCUCUAACUGGAGGGCGACGCCCCUGGGUGUGCAUUGUGAUACCCAGAGCCAGUCGCUUCGGGGGCUUUCCCGCCCUUCUUUGCUCUCCUGGUCCACCGGGACGCUGGCGGGACCGUAGCUUCCUUUCCUCUGUCCACACCUUUCCUACAGGCACCGGGUGCGACCCUGAGAGGCUGAGACUCCCGCCUGCGGACUGGCUAUUGUUAAAACCCGGAGAUGUGCUCCGGGCUGAAGUCCCUUUUGAGACGCACACAGGUGCUUGGUCCCUGUGGCAGCUGCAGCGUCCUUGAGCAUCGAUCUUCGGCACCAAAGGAGGAUACAGGGCGGCUUCCGGAGCGGAUAAGGCUGGAGCGGCUUUAGAAACGUGUCUUUUCUGGCCAUUGGCACGCGGCUCUUUUGUCAAGUUAAAGCACGCUGUCCUAUAAAAGCAUCACUGGCUCCUCCAAGGUGUCUUGAAAACAGGAAAAGCUUUUGUAAUACCACCCGUUAUUCCACCCAGACUCUGGUGUUUUCGACUAGCAAUCUUAGAGGGUAGCGUUUUCAGCUGGCAGCUGGAUCCCUGGAGAAAUUGCCUUAGCCACUGAUGCGCAUACUAGUCUAAGGCUCUUCUCUCCGCCCACCAAAAGUCUGGCCUUGAGGACUCCACACUGACCUUGCUGGUGAAGCUCCAGGAAGCCCGGGCCCUCCUGGCCCUCCCCUCACAGGCUGGCUCUCAACGGCCCUGCUUUGUCUUAGGGAUCCUUGAGUUUGAUGUCAAUAGCAGGGUGGGGCUGAGGAAAGGAGGCUAGCUGGAGACCAAAGACUGAUGGUGCCCUCCCCAAUCUCUCUGUGAUCCUGAGUUGGAUUCUGUCUGUCUCCCCCACCCCCACCCCCUUUCUCAUUUGGAAACUGAUUUCUCGCCCUGCAAUUUAGGAACCCACAGAUUUGGAACCUGAGGCUAAGAAAGACACUCCAGCAACUGGAGCCAUCUGUUUACUCCUGGGUCUUGUAGAAGGAGCCCAUUUUUCUUAUUCUCUGUGACCUUAGCCAGGGUCACAGUGUUGGAGCUGUGGACAGUUGUUCGUCCCACCCCUCUUCUGGCUGGAAUAUGCACCUGUAGGUCUUUAACAUAACCUAUGAAACCUGUGAAUGGGACUAUAAAAGGGGGUCACACUGACAGAAACAACCUAAACCUUCCUGAUGUCCCCAGGACUUCCUGG